AUGCUUCGUCCAUACCUCAUACCCGUCUACUACGCAUACCUGUCCGUCAAGGCCCCACCGACGUUUCAUCCACUCCCGUUGUCGCGUAAUGCACACCCUGACUUGAGCCACCCCACCCCCCCCCCCACCAAGUAA